AUGUCCGCCGUUUCGUCUUCGACCCUCAACCCCCAGGGUCAGGGGAUACGUCAAUCAGCCCGGAACACACGAACCAAUCCCUCCCGAACCUCCAAGACCAUCAACCGCUCUUCGUUUGGCGUCAGCCGUGGCUCGAUAGCCGAAAUUCCGGCAACGCCCCCUGUUCCUCAUGGCUUUUACCCUGCGCUUACGCAUUUUACGGACGCGAUCACUGCGCUGCCGCGUGAAUUUCGCAGACACAAUUCGUUGUUGAAGGAGGUUGAUGCGAAGGCGUGGGCGCUCGAGGAAAAUCUGCUUCAGCUCUUGCAGAUUUCCUCCGAGUCGCAACCUGUGCCGCACCCGCCUCAUCCGGCACCUAUUGUGGGCGGCGUGGUGCGAGAGGAUGUUUUGCCUAAGGAACUCUCCCAAUCCCCGGAGUCGCCCGAGAGCAAAAACCGUCGUCUUCUCUUCGAUCGUGUACGACAGAGCCUUACAGACCUGAUGAUGACGGCCGAUGAAAAGAACCAUGUGAUUUCCAACGCCAACGAGGAAUUGGACCGCCAGAUCGUUCGGCUGGAUACUGUGUUCCCGUACAUUGCGGGCGAGAUCAGCGACGAGGCUCGUUUGGGCAGUCUUACACACUGGGCAUACUCUAACAAGAGUGCUGCCAAGACUGCGACAAACGAGCGACCGCGCCGUGAGGCUGUGGCUCAGCGACAGGACCUCUCCCAUGUGCUCCAGGAGGCUGAAGCUGCCAGCCGGAGUGAGGCACGGCGCGAAGCUGUUCGGGCUCGAGCUCGGCGACCAAAUCCAGACGCAGACUAUGAGGAAGGUCGCGCUCCUCGUAAGACAAAUUCUGGAAAGUCUCGCGGCGAUAAUGCGACGGGUGAAAAUGCGGCGCCCAAGCGUCGCAAGGUGGAACGACCCGCCACGAUAGACGCUGGAGCGCCGAUGGAGCGCUCUGCUAGCGGCACUGGUGGUCAGCGCGGUGCCAACAAGGAUGGCGCAGAGAAGAAGCGAUCCCGCGCUCCUAAUCCGAACGCAGUCGCAGCUCGCAAGAAGACCACCGCCGCUUCGAAUGCUGGAUCGCCCGUUCUGGCACCAUCCCCUCUUAUCGGCACCUUUAACAAUACCCCACGUGGAGCUGCGAGCCCAGGCCCACACACAGCACGCCCUCAAUCCUCUCGAGCCCAACAGAAUGCCGGACAGACCAGUAACUCCCGACAACGACCCUCUUCCUCGGCAUCCAACCGCAUUGGUCAAGCAAACUCCACCAAACCAGCGGAAUCCAGAUCUGCUCCGCGCGAGCCCGUCAAAGCCGAAACUGCCAUCGCAGAAACCCGCGAUAUCGAAGGCGAGUCUGGCAAUCGACCUGCGCCAGCAGGGACGAAGCGCGAAGAAGAUCGGCCAGCAGACGCAGUCGAGCCCGAACCAACCAGCAAAGGCCGCAACUCCAAAACAUCCACUCCCCUCCUCUCUACACUCGCCGAGCCCACCCAAUCUCGCUCGCGACCAACACGAGGCAGUGACCCCGCGCCUAAGCGGACAGCCAAGAAACCUCCCGUGCAGCCCGCAAUCCCCUCAGACGAGGAAUCUAUCCACGAGGGUGAUGACGAGGACGAGGACCAAGAGCCGAGAUACUGUUACUGCAAUGAGGUCAGCUUUGGUGAGAUGGUGGCAUGCGAUAAUGAUGCUUGUCCGCGCGAGUGGUUCCAUCUGUCGUGUGUUGGGAUGACGAAGCCACCUGGAAAGAAUGUUAAAUGGUACUGUAACGAGUGCAAGGAAAACAUGCGGCGCGGUCGCAAUGGCCGGUAA